CCGUCUACAUAGUAUAACCAGAAUGCUGGGCUUUCUUUUUCAUUGAUGUCAGUUGUAAAGUCUACUUGGCUUCACCACACUUGCAUAGCUGAUAGUCUGAGGGACUAAUUAGAAAGGGGACAUAACAUGGAAUUUACUUUACUUAAGGGAUCAACAGUGAUUAUACUUAUUGCUCUCUGCAAAGCACAAGAAAAUGUUUCUGCUUCUGAAAAUGUUUCUGAGGUAUCUGCAUCUAUGGAAUUGAAUCUGACAACACUGAUUCCUACACUUGAGAGGUCAAACAGCACAGAGUCCACCUCUCUGACAACACAAAGCCAUUUGCUUUCGAGGUUUGCAGAAACUGAAACUCCACAACCAGAUUUUACUCCAGCCCCACUUGAUACCUACUUGCCAUCUCAAUCACAAGCUCCUGAGAUCCUAAGUUCACAUGAAGAAAAUAAUAUCAUGGGGAGAGAAAUCAGUGAGGAGUCAAAUUACUUCAAUGAGAUUAUUACACCGGAAGAUGAACUUUUGAACCCUUAUGAUGGAACGGUAGCUCCUACCAUUGACAACUUUGUGGAUGAAGUCCAAGCUACUGCCUCUGUUCUACCCCUUUCACACAAGGAUGCAAACAACAGUGUUUCUUUGGAAAAUCCAACUGAUACCACAGAGAAAAUUGUUCUUGGUCUUGAGGCCUGGAAGAUUGGAGUGAUUUCUGCAGCAGUAUUUUUGUUCCUGGAGACAAUUGUUAUCAUUGUCUACUAUUUGAAGUGCAAGAAAAGAAGAAUCAGAAGGACUACGGCAGUCAAGGUCUGUGAAGAUAGUGAGGCUGCUGAAACAAUACAUGGUGAAUCAAAUGAAAACACUCUCACUGGCAUUGGCAUGCCACUUAACCAAUUAACUUUAAAUAAUACUGUGGAGAUGUCAGAAUCAAAAGGGAACCAGGAACUGGAACUGAACACAGAGAUUCCACUGGAUUCACCCUCUCUGGAUAUCAAUCAUCAUGGCAUGUCAAAUAGUGUCAAGACUGUAGCUCUAUAAAAUGACAUAAUAUCUGCUUUGCUGCAUAUUGAUUUAGAUAUGUGUACCGUCUUAUAAAUAUUUCAGUCAUACGGUACUGUAUAUCUGUCUAACUAAUAUGAGUUGGCGAAAUGAUAAAGGUUUGUGAUUUUGUAUGUGAGACUCCAAGGGGUAGAUUCAGUUCAGAAAUACUGUACCACUUUAUGACGCAUAUGUUAUUUCUCUGUUUUAUGCUGUUAUUCAAUCAAACCAGUCAGAGGAGGACACUAAACACACCACUGCACUAACCACCCCCCGGCUCAAAUUUAAGCAUAUAGACACUAUACACUAUAAGUAAUUGUUUACAAUAUAUUGCAGUUAAAUAAAAAUAAUGUUAACAGUUUUCAUUGUCAGUUUAUGGCCUUGGUACAGCAGUACGGCAGUAAGAAUAUCAGCGCCCCAAAUGCGAGGAAAAUUAGCUUCCAAACAGCUUUUAAAACACGUGAAACAGAAGUGAAUUGUAAUUGCUUGGUACUCAAUUGUAAAGGUGAGUGAAGGGCAGCUUAUCUUGUUUUGAAAUCAACACAUUAAUGAAUGGAUUCAUUUAAUACCUGCCGAUAAAGACUUCCUAAAGGCAAUUAUGAGUAUGAGUAUCAGCACACCUCUAGUAUGUACACUUUAUUUGAUACAAAUGUUUUGAGUACUAAUAAAGGAUGUUGAAACUAGUGUUAAUCCUGGUUUGAAAGCUGGGAUAGAUAUUUAGUUACAGGGGAUGAAAACGUUUCUACUGUACCUCAGUCCUUAAAUAAAAACUAAUGUCCUAAUAUUACAAUUUUAUUAUUUUUACUUGAUAGGUAUUUCCAUUGUAACCUUGACUUUGUUUAGAACUGUGUAGCAACAAUCCCAAAGGUAAAAUUCUGUCCUGUAUUGAGGCACAGUUAGGUGCAGAUGCCAUUUUCCAAUUUGCAUGGAGUAACUACCGUUACUAGCUUUAUGAACACAAAUGACAAAACAUUAUUAACAGCUUUAUACUGAUGCAAUAAUCAAACUAAUUAUGACUGACUUGCAUAUUAUCUAUUUGUUAAAUAACAUACAAAACUCUUUGUACGGUUCCACCUUACUGAACUUAACUCAUUAAUCCUGGAAAGUGCCUGGAGGUGCUCCUCAUUCAAGUCACAUUGCCCCAGAUAGCACUUUGCCAAAAUCCUUACAGAGUUCAUGUUAUUAAAAAAUUACUUUGAAUCUGAUGGAG